UCCAAUGAGAUUUCAGCUUUCAUUUGGCUAUCGAAGUAACCGAAUCGGGCGCAAACAACCUACGACAGAGGUGAAGGUUUCACAGACCAUUCUAGAGCUCUGACAAGCCGUAGCGUUCUCGGUUACCUGACGUCAGCCUUCCCGUCUCAGAGACAACAUGGAGGCUGAUGGCAGAGAGCUAGUGUGGCCGCCACACGCUGGUGAUAACCAGCAACUGCAGCAGCAUCAUCCUGUCAGGAGUCCUAUGCAGCAUGAUGGAGUAUCAAGCUCUGACAACACCUUAGAACUACAUCUACAGCCUCCAUCUGGUGAGGGUACAAGUGUAAUGGUCUCCAGUAGACGUGCUCCUGCCAGAGACAAUCAUCCAGAAAGUCCAGAAUCCACCGUCCAGGGACUUGGAGAGGCAGUGUAUAAUGAGGCAACAGCAGCAGCAGCUGCCCAGGGAGAGCAACAACACACACCAGACAAUGAGGCAAUCCCUAUAGCCGUCACCAUCCUACCAGACUCCAGCUUAUCCCACCACCCUGUCCCCACCCACAUCAUCACCAUGGAUACCGCAUCAACAGCAGACCAAUCCCAGCAGAGAACAGAGUCCAGGGACCUGAUGGAGCUCUCCACUGCUCAGAUCAGCGUUACCCUUAACCCAGCAUCCGUGGCACAGAUCAUGCACAAUGGGCAAGUAAAUUCUGGACUUGUGAACAUGAUCAACAGCAUUAAACCUGAGGACAUAGCUGGCCCAUCUGGGUUGAACCUGGUCCCCAAUGUACCAAGGAACAGACCUGAGAGGAAAGCCUCCAAAGCGGUCCAUCAGCUACUCCAUGAUACAGAGGAAGAGGAUGAACCACCGGGAGCGGGUGAUGACCGAGACCCUGUAGAUGAGGAGGAGUUCUUACGCCAGGGAGCCAUCCAGACCAUUGCAGAUAAACCCAUCAUCUCAAGGGCUAGGGCCAGUCUGCCUCCUAUGCUACAAAUCUUCAAGGUCGAGGAUGAUGAGAUAGGUGUGUUUGCAAAGAGAACCAUUUCAAAGAGAACUCAGUUUGGACCUCUUGAGGGGAGAAUAGUCACCAGAGAUGAAGUCCCGAAAGACCACAUGACAUGGAAUGUGAAGCGCAAUGGUGAGGACAUGUACAUAGACUGCGCCGACGAGUACGAGUCUAACUGGAUGAGCUUCAUCCGGCCCGCUUCGUGCUACUCAGAACAGAACCUGAUAGCAUUCCAGCUCGGUGGUACAGAGAUCUACUUUGCAACCAUCAAGAACAUCCCACCAAGGACGGAGCUGAGGAUAUGGUAUGCCAAGGCGUAUGCAGAGACUAUUGGGGAGAACAUCCUAGAAAUAACCGCAGAGGAAGCCGCAGAAUUGCAAGAGAAGGAGAACACGUGGCCCUGCUUUGAGUGCACACGUAAAUUCCGAACCUCUGAACUCCUCCAGAAACAUCUGUCCAGCCACGAUGCCCCGGUUGUUAAGAGUCGAGGCCGGGGCAAGCGGGGUAGGCCACGAAAAUAUCCAGAAGGCUACAGGCAACGGCAGCGCAAGCUUGCUCAAGCCAAACUGGAACAUAUGAAGUCAGAGACCAAGGAAGAGUAUAGCUGUGAUUACUGUGAUAAGAAGUUUCCACGGUUCUACAGUCUACAGCGCCAUCUAGUGAUGCAUUCCGGUGAGAAGAACUUCACAUGUGAUGUUUGCAAUAAGACAUUCGCCCAUAUCUACAACCGCACAAGACACAUGCGCCGGCAUAAAGAGAGGGGAGAGUUCUCAGGGCCGCUUCCCCCGCUAAGACGACGGAAAUCAGACCAGCCCACAGGCGACGGAAACCUGUCAUUUGCUUGCGAACACUGUGACCUGGAGUUUGAGAGUAAACGCAUGUUGAAGAUUCAUGUCAGCCUUCACUUUGAUGAGAAUCCUGAAGCAAUGAGAGAUGAUGGUGAGGAGGAGGAGGAGAUGGAGGAUGAAGAUAUGGAAGAUGGUGAAGUGGAAGAGGAGGAGGAAGAGGAAGAUGAAGAAGAUGAAUUGGAAAUGAAAAAAGAAGACAUCAACCAUGAGAACAGAGAUGAUGGAAUUAGAGAGGAUGGAGAUGAUGUUCCAUCGGAUGUUCAUGCCAGCCAGGAAGGUCAGAAACCUGUUGAUGGUGAAGGAGAUGCAUCAGCUAGUGCUGCAGGACAGGCUGCAGCGAAAGAAGAGGAGGAGGAGAAUAGUGGAGACACUAAAGGAGGCUUCAUUUGCCCUACCUGCACAGAGGUGUUUCCAUCCCAGAAGGAACUGGCACUACACGCUACUGACCAUGGUCGCAGACAGGGUUCCACUGGAGAGUUUGUGCUACGCUCCAGGACCCGCCCUACCUACAGAUGCAGAGAAUGUUUCAAGGUGUUCCGAAUCAAGGUCCGAUACAAUCGACACAUGGACCUCCAUUCUCGGGAGAGGAAGAAGACUGUUCAGUGUGAGUUCUGCAACAAGUGCUUCUUGAACAAUUCAGCACUGUCAGUCCAUCUGAAGACUCAUAGUGGGACAAAGUACUACACAUGCCCUUUUUGUGCUGAUACUUUUGAUCGCAAUGAGCACCUCAAACUUCAUGUCCAAACCCAUGCAUUCAAUGGAUUCUAUACCUGUCCCCACUGUGGCAAGCGCUUUUCAGAAUAUAACCACGUUAGGAAGCACAUUCGAGGUUUCCAUUCCAUGAAGGAGUUCCCCUGCAUGCACUGUCACAAGAUAUUCCCCCGUCCAGAUAAAUUAAAGUUGCACAUGCUUCGUCACUCUAACCAGAAGGACUUCCUCUGCGCCAACUGUGGCAAACAGUUCAAAAGGAAAGACAAAUUGAAGGAGCAUAUGUCCAGGAUGCACAAUCCAGAACGGGAGCUGCGGAAUAAGUUGGAAGCUGAAGAACCGAAGAAGAUGCCCUUCAAACCAAAGAUUCCUCCCUCUGAAAUGACUGCCUUUACUUUCAAGUGUCGUCCAUGUACCUUAGGGUUCAAGCGUAGGGGGAUGCUCGUUAAUCAUCUUGCAAAGCGCCACCCAGAGGUUGCCCCUGAUACCGUACCAGAACUUAACCUGCCAAUCGUCAAACCAAACCGCAACUAUUUCUGUGCAUACUGUGAGAAAGUCUACAAGAGCAGUAGCAAGAGGAAGAUUCAUAUUGUUAAAAAUCAUCCUGGAGCUUCUGUCCCUCCAAGUCUCCGCCAAACCAAAGGUGACCCCAACAGCCCAUUUGGUAAUCCACACACAGCGCCUGCAGGGACAACAACAACCCAUUACUUUGCCUGUGCACAUUGUCCAAGGCAGUACAGUACAAAGGCUAAAAUGAUGGAUCACGUCCGCAAGAAGCACAUGGAGCCUGUCCAGGCAGCAGCCAUGAUGAACAAUCCUCAGCAGCUGACAGUUGUCCAGGAGCAGACACCUGUCCAAGCGGAAGGUCAGCAGCCUGGUUCCAUCACGUUGGUGGCACAAGUACCAGAGAACAUCCAGCAAGCUGUACAGGAGGCUUUGUCUCAGAAUCAGACACAGCUUACUGCAAAUGAUCUUCAGCACAUCCAAAUAGCCACCGUCAACCCUGAUGGAACCACAACCCUACAGCCAAUUCUGCAGCACAUCAGUGGGCAAGUUCUUGGCGGCCAGCAGACAUUACAAGUGGUUGUUGCACCUCAAGGUCAGAACGAUGGUGCUUCUGUCAGCACUGAACGUAGUACUGAAAACCAACAAACUAUUCGGUACAUUGAAACGAGUCAGGUGCCUGUUGUGCAGACAGAGUCUGUGCAAGCUACAGAUCUGCUAACCCAGGCGAUGUCAGAACUCUCACAGACCAUCAAUGAAUUCCGCCAGCAGCCCAAUGCUGAUUAUCAGAACCUAGCCCAGAGGAUUAUACAUUCCCAGCCUGGACUCCUUGGACAGUCGACCUUCCAGAUUUCUGGCCAGCCUCAAACCAUCACUGUACCUGUUUCCAUCCACGCCAACCAGGCAUCCAUUGCCCAGAAUCAGUUGCCCCAAUUGACUGUCACCCAGGCCGCCAUGGCUGUUAGUCAAGCCGCACUAGGUAUCAGCCAGCCUGUAGGUCAGGUUGCAACAACAGUUUCUGCCAGCCAACCAAACGUGGCCGAGGUGACGCAAGUCGAAGGAGGCCCUCAGACUAUUGACGUCAGCCACCUUCGGCAGUCUCCGACACACUUCCAACAAGCCACGCAGCUCCUGCAGCUCCAAUCCUCUGCUCAGAACAUUGUCCCCAUUCCUUCAUCCAUCAUCCAGGCUCAGUCGCAAGGGCACCAACAACAAGGGGUCCAGGUCCAACCAGGUCAGGUGGAGAUCCAGGUCCAGAACCAACAGGGACAGACCCAACAGGUCUUCCUAGCUAGGAACUGGAACAACUACACACAAACUUUCAGAUAACAUGCUUUAUUUCCAGAGCUCUAUCACACUGUAACUGAAAUAUUACAUAAUCAUAGGCUCACAUCAACAUGAACCAGGUAACGAGUGUAAUUGUAUGAUCAACUGAAAUCAUUGCAACAAAUAGCUUGAGGGCUUUAAAUAUAUAAAUGGGUUUUAAACGUUUGAACAAGUAGAAUAUCACACCAGUUGGCAAUAGGUAGAUUUUUAUAGAGGCUUUUGUCCCAUGUUGGAGAAACCUUGUUAAUGUGGAAUGUAGGAUGAGAGAUGGUCAAAGACAGUAGAAUUACAAUUUGGAGAAUCAUGUACAUUCUUAAUAUUUAGAAGUUGGAAACAGUAUUUGUGUAGAUUUAAUAGGCAAUGAAUUCAUUCAUAAAAUUUACUAAUUGUUUAGAAACUUUCAUGAAUUUUGUAGGUGCUUCAGAUUCUUGACAUUUUCAUGGUGUGAAAUGAUGGGGGGAAAUUGAAUUGAAUUCUCAACAAAUUCUUGCUGCAAAACAAAUGUUUUAUAACAGUUUGCAAAGUGUUAAAAAUAUUUAGAAAGUUUUUGUUUUUUGUUUUGUUUGAAUAAUAAUAAUAAAUAGUUAUAUAUUUAUUUUGAAGAAAAGAAUGUUUACGGAUUUCAUAUCAUGACUAAAAGAAGAGAGUGAUCUCGCCUGUCAUGUGAUGGGUCAAAAAAGACAUUCUAAAUAAUGAUAAAGGCAACUUAUUAGUACAUGUACUUGAGUCGACUCACUGAUAUAAUAUAAUAUAAUGAGUCGACUCUCUAAUAUAAGUCCUAUGCUCAGAAGAUAUCUGUGUGAUCUUAACAAUUUUCCUCCUUUUUUUAAUCCAUGUUUACCACAUGAAUAUCUCAUGUACCUCUUGGGUAAUCCCUCUAAAUCUUAUUAUUUUUCAUUAGGGUGAUUAGUCCUGUUUGACAAUGAUCAAUUUAAAAUUGUGACAUUUCAAAUAAUUCCAAUUUGAAUUCCUGUGUUAACUUGUGCACUUUAAAGGCUUAUUCAGAUGAGGUACUGUAAAAAAAAAAAGCUGCCAUGUUUUCAUGUUUGUUUUGAGUUGUAAAUGAAUGGCAACUGUAUGCAACA